CCGUAUGUCUAAAAUAUAAUAUUGACCAGGAUGAAGUGAUUCCUUGUUUAAUAAAGAGGGGCAACCGGUGCGGGCCACGUGCUCCCUCCCCGCCGUGAUUGGCGGCGCGUGUGAGCACUACCACCACCACUACCACUACCACUACCACGUAUUACGAGUUGCCGCCACUUGCCAUCAUCUGAAUACACUCCUCAAGUGUGAUGAGAGGUGAGAGUCUGCGCGCGCACGUGUCACGUUCAUCUGUGUUGGACUUGGGACCUGUUCGCCACAGCUGAGCAUCCCAAGACUCAGUUCCCGCGUGGAUAUUGACUAAGUGGGAGCACGAGCUAGCCAACGUUCGGGGCGAAUCAGUGGACUCCACUCCCGAACAUGAUUCAUUUGCUUCAUGCAGGUGCAGUUCCCCUGGGCUACGUUGGGAAAAUGAGUGACACUUUUAUUACCAGCUACGAUGAGGGCUGCAUGAGGGACACGAGCUGCCACAGCCUUGCCGGGACAGAGACAUUUCUUCUCCCAGACAUUGUGCUCAGCAACACCCCACCACCCACGCCGGGUCACCAGAGCUGCGGCUGUGGUAGUAUCCAACUCAACACACCUCAGCCCUCAUGUCCACUGCUUCCAAACACACCUGAAACGCUACCAGAGAAGGCUGCCACCGGGGAAGAAGUGUGUAAGCCACAGCUGACUGAAAUGCUUGAUACGUGCUGCUCACUGCAGAAUCACCUCUUUCACUUGACGUGGACCACAGGAACAUUAGGUAGCCAUGCCCAUGCACACACCACAGAAGAGAGGCAGCAGCGAGAGGAGCAGCAGUGGCGGCACAUUGGCGGUGACUUGCGCAAAAUUGCUGACCAUUUUGAGCUUAACACCUCAAAGGUAUGGAGGAAAAACAAGCUAUCGUACUGUCCAAGUUUUCCAGCAGCCGUCAGCAGGUGCGUCGUGGCCUCCCUGAUCUGCCUAGCCUGGUGGAGACUUUAUAACAAACUCUACUGACAUGCUGAGAUAAAGGCGUGCCGCCUCCAUUAAGAGCCUCAAGGAUAUCUUCAGUCUGUACUGUAUCUCACGUAGCAAAUCAUGUGACGUCGCGCAAGGCACUAGCCUUCCCCGUAUGUAAACGUUGUCAGGUUGGACAAGGGAUGAUUGUGUUCGCCGUAGCCUUGGUGACAUCUGUUAAGCGUCUGCCAUCACGUACACCGCGGCAUAACACCAAUGAUGUUUCCAAACUUAAAUGAUUAGGCUUUAAUAAUUUAAUUGUAUGUUAAGUGUUAAGUAAAACGUUGUGUACAACUCGAAAUAGUAUGUGCGAUAUCAAUGAAACGUGUGUACGCACAAGUAAGGGAUGUCUAUGUAAAUAUUGUCAAAAUCACAUGGGAGUCUUGGUGAUGUAACACAAGUCAUUCAUUGAUUGUGUUGCAUAACCUUCAUGUUCUGAUGAAUGUCUUUCAAGUCACAAAAAAACUGUAACCUUAGUAAGUGCACUAAACAUCUGCCCAAAGUCUUUCAAUCAUUAAAAGACAAAUAUUUCCAAAGAUGAAAUUUAUGUAUAAACUUACUAUUAUAUCUCGAUUGAAAAAAUAAGGGAUUCUUAUGAUUUAUGUUUCUUAUAAUUAACGUACAUGAUCACUUCUCUCAAUUUUUUUUUAUGAUACCGUGCAAGGAAUUAAGCAACAGGAAGAAAAAUAAGUUCAGAUGAAGGUAGUGAUUGACACGUGUUGGAAACAAGAAAACCUGUGUGAUUCCUAUUCAGAGCAAUGAUAAAAUUAGAAUGCUACCAAAACCACUUCAAUAUCAGGCAGCCUUGAGGGGCACCGCGCCUGCCUCUCAAGCCUGAAUUGGUUUUCGCUCACUGCUUGACUACCGGUCUUUCAAAGGAAGGCUCAUCUUCCUUCAUAUAUCUAAGUUUUAAAAUAUGUCUCAUGAACUCGAUGUCACGUCUUUCAAGUUACUUUUUAAGGUUAGGAAGGAACACUUGUUGUCAGGAAGAACAAGGACUUCAUGCCUAUGUGUGGAACACUGAAUUUGAAGACGUAAUAAUUUUGCUUACUAUACCUCCGCAAUACGCUGAAUCCUGGCGGCAAGGGUCCAUUGCGUGCAGUGCAGGAUGUGUGUGUGUGUGUGUGUGUGUGUGUGUGUGUGUGUGUGUGUGUGUGUGUGUGUGUGUGUGUGUGUGUGUGUGUCUGUGUGUGUGUGUGUGUGUGUGUGUGUGUGUGUGUGUGUGUGUGUGUGUGUGUGUGGCCAGCUAUCAUAAAUGUCUAUUGUUAAUCCUGCUGUAUUUAUAGCAUAUAAAUAUUGGUAGGGAUUUGUUUUCUUCGUAAAAUCUUAUCUUACGAAUAUAUUUGGACUUAUUAAUUUAACAAGAUGUUUCACCACAUGCUGGAACUCACAACACAAGCUUUUCAUUGAUAGGUAACUCCAUUUUGACUGAUGCCUCUUCAUGAAUCAGGAUCACUGAAUGCACUGUGGCGUGAACUCGUAUAUACGUAGAAGUUAGUGACUAGAUAUUAGAUGAAUUCAGGCCUUUUUAAGUUUUCAUAAAUGCUUUAAUUUCAUUUUAAAUAAAAAAUACCUCGAUUUCAUAAUUUUAUACUCAGUAAUCUAGUCAGAAAUGUUUUAUGUAUACAGAUUGAUGUGAAAAAAACAUACAAGAUAAAGAUGCAUUUAGUUACCUAGCCUUUGUGUCUCUACAGAAUCUCUCUCUCUCUCUCUCUCUCUCUCUCUCUCUCUCUCUCUCUCUCUCUCUCUCUCUCUCUCUCUCUGCUGAACACACACACACACACACACACACACACAUAAUGACUGUAAUAUAUUCUAUCAUGUUACAUUGGUUUCCUUAUUAUGUAAUGUCUAUGUGAGUGACUUCAGUCUUGCAUGAUAACUUAAGAUUUUGAAUAAAUAAUGACGACUCUG